AGAGAAGUUGUAUUGAUCGUCUCUUCCCUAAACACACUGAUUGAUAUUUUUCUCUCCGACGCCGCCAUGUCUCUGCUCUCAGAUCUCGUUAACCUCAACCUCACUGAUGCCACCGAGAAAAUCAUCGCUGAAUACAUAUGGAUCGGUGGAUCUGGAAUGGACAUUAGAAGCAAAGCCAGGACACUACCAGGACCAGUAAGUGAUCCUUCAAAGCUCCCCAAAUGGAACUACGACGGAUCCAGCACCGGUCAGGCUGCCGGAGAAGACAGUGAAGUCAUUCUAUACCCUCAGGCGAUAUUCAAGGAUCCCUUCAGGAAAGGCAACAACAUUCUGGUGAUGUGUGAUGCUUACACACCAGCCGGUGAUCCAAUCCCAACAAACAAGAGGCACAACGCUGCUAAGAUCUUCAGCCACCCCAACGUUGCUUCUGAGGAGCCAUGGUAUGGGAUUGAGCAAGAAUACACUUUGAUGCAAAAGGAUGUGAACUGGCCUAUUGGUUGGCCUGUUGGUGGCUUCCCUGGCCCUCAGGGACCUUACUACUGUGGUGUGGGUGCUGACAAGGCCAUUGGUCGUGACAUUGUGGAUGCACACUACAAGGCCUGUCUUUACGCCGGUAUUGGCAUUUCCGGUAUCAAUGGAGAAGUCAUGCCUGGCCAAUGGGAGUUCCAAGUCGGUCCUGUUGAGGGUAUUGCUUCUGGUGAUCAAGUCUGGGUGGCUCGAUACCUUCUCGAGAGGAUCACUGAGAUCUCUGGUGUAAAUGUCAGCUUCGACCCAAAACCAGUCCCGGGUGACUGGAACGGAGCUGGAGCUCACUGCAACUACAGUACAAAGACGAUGAGGAACGAUGGAGGGUUAGAAGUGAUAAAGAAAGCAAUAGAGAAGCUUCAGCUGAAACACAAAGAACACAUUGCUGCUUACGGUGAAGGCAACGAGCGUCGUCUCACGGGGAAGCACGAAACCGCAGACAUCAACACCUUCUCAUGGGGAGUUGCGAACCGUGGAGCUUCGGUUAGAGUGGGACGUGACACGGAGAAGGAAGGUAAAGGUUACUUCGAGGACAGAAGGCCAGCUUCUAACAUGGAUCCUUAUGUUGUCACCUCCAUGAUCGCUGAAACCACCAUCCUCGGUUGAUGCCAUUUGAUUUGCCUUUGUUUCGUUGUUCUUUUUUUUUUUCCCCUUUUGAUUGCACCUUCCGAUUAAAAUAAUUCUUAUAAUGGCGUAUUUUGUGAACAUUAUGUGGUUUGUUUCGAAUAAUUAAUUAAUAAUAAGCGAUUCUUAAGGUUAAAAAA